AUGACAAUCAAGGAAUUAGAAACCCAAUUUCAACAAUUAUCUGCUAAUCUCGCUGAACAGUCUACAAUCAUGAAGCAAGUAGUGGAGAAUCAGCAACGAUCAACCAAACGGAUGGAAGAUCUUGAAUCCAAGUUCACGUUAUUGAUGGAUCAAAUCUCGCAAAAUAGAGACUCACCUGCUGCUGUUACUGUUAACACAAUAGCUUCAGGAUCUGAGAUUCAAUCCAAUACAGGUAAAGGAAUUUUACCUACACCCAAAACAACCGACAAAGGAGGAUACAGCCCGACCUCUACCAAGGGUAGCUACUCCUCUAAGGGAGCAAAAAUGCCCAAGGUGGAAAUCCCAGAUUUUAAUGGUGAGAACCCAAGGAACUUUAUUCGGAAAUGUGAAAAAUACUUUCGGUUUUAUAGUAUUGCAGAAGAAGAACAGAUUGAGAUUGCGACGAUGCGAUUUGGUGAUAUAGCUGACAAUUGGCUUCAAGGAUGGGUCAGCGAUCAAACCAAUUCCUCAUGGUCUCAGUUUUCCAAAGAUUUGUGUGAAAGGUUUGGAGAGAAAUCAAGCAUGGAAAUCGUGGCUGAGUUUAACAAACUGCAGCAGGGCGCUGAAUCUGUGGUAUGUUAUCAAGAGAGGUUUGAGCAACUGAAGGCAAUAAUGCAGAAAUUCAAUCCUGGGCUAUCGGAAUCAUACUUUAUUUCGAGCUUUAUAAGUGGGUUGAGUGAGGAACUCAGAGCUAUGUUAAUGGUACACAGACCAAUCACCUUGAAUCAGGCUUUCACUCAAGCAAAAUAUCAGGAGCAAUCGUUUGAAGCUGUCCUUAGGAGGCAUAAACUGAUUCCGGGUAAGAUUACUACGGGGAAGUCAAGCUAUCCUAUCAGUUUUCCAUCGCCAAAACCCACAAUCCUGCAACCGAAAGAAGAAACUAAUAAGGAUUCGGGAGGGAAGACCAGUACAUGGGAACAAAGAAAAGCUGCCGGGUUAUGUUUUAAAUGUGGUGAUAGGUUCAGCCCUGGACAUCAGUGCAAGAACAAGACGCUCUUGGCUAUGGAAGCCAAUAUAGAUGACAUUGUUCAAGAAGAACUUACCUGUGAGGAAACCGAAGGAGAAAAUCUCAAAGGAGAACUGUCACUCGCAGCGGUAACAGGUCAGAAAUCGCCCAAUACGCUGAGGAUCAAGGGAAACAUUCAUGGAGUUCCUGUGGUAAUCUUGUUAGACACGGGCAGCACCCAUAGUUUCAUGAAUGCUGGGAUAGCUGCGAGAGUGCAGGCAGCUAUUGUCACGACAGCUACUCUUUCGGUCACAGUAGCUAAUGGAGAACAAAUACUCAGCCAAACAGUAUGUCAGGGAAUGAAAUGGAAUAUGCAGGGACAGGAGUACGCCUUUGAUUUACGGGUUCUUACAGUGGUUGGGUAUGAUAUUGUAUUAGGAGUGGAUUGGAUGAUCAUGUAUAAUCCUUUGCUUUUUGAUUUUGUGGGCAUGACUCUUACUUUCAACAGAGAUGGGAAUGAGGUUAAAUUACAGGGCAUCCAAGACCAAGGAGAGCUGCAUUGUGUGAGUGGGAAGAAGAUGACAAGGCUUAUCAAAGAAGGGGGAGCGUUACUACCUGCUCAGCUAUUCUCCAUCAAAAUUACAGAACCCACGGUGGAAAAUCAGUUGAACACCGGAAUAGCAGAACCAGUUCAGGCAUUAUUGCAGCAAUAUGAGACCAUUUUCGCAACACCUACGGCCCUGCCUCCGGAAAGAUCACAUGACCAUGCUAUUAAUCUCCUGCCCAACACAAAACCUGUUAACAUCAGACCUUAUCACCACAACUAUUUUCAGAAAACGGAAAUAGAAAAACAGGUAAAAGAAAUGCUCAACACUGGAGUGAUUCAAUGUAGUCACAGUCCUUUCGCUUCUCCAGUCCUGUUAGUUAAGAAGAAAGAUGGAACUUGGCGUUUUUGCGUGGAUUAUAGACAAUUGAAUGAGAUGACAGUCAAAGAUAAAUUUCCAAUACCUGUCAUAGAUGAUCUACUGGAUGAAUUAAACGGAGCAAGAUUCUUCAGCAAAAUCGACUUGCGAGCCGGUUACCAUCAAAUUCGAGUAAGAGUGGAAGAUGUUUACAAAACAGCAUUCCGAACUCAUCAUGGGCACUACGAAUUUAAGGUAAUGCCUUUCGGCUUGACUAAUGCUCCUGCUACCUUCCAAUCCUUGAUGAACCAAAUCUUUGAGCCUUAUUUGAGGCAGUUUAUUCUAGUCUUCUUCGAUGAUAUUUUGAUAUAUAGCAGAACUCUUGAGGAGCACUUAAACCAUCUAAAGAAAGUCUUUGACAUACUUAGUGAACACAAGUUGUUUGCCAAACAGUCAAAAUGUUCCUUUGCUCAGACUAGAGUUGAAUACUUGGGUCAUGUAAUUGAUGAAAACGGUGUACACACAGACCCCAGUAAAAUAGAGGUUAUGCAGAAU